CUCUGUCGAAAAGGAAACAUUCUGCACUCGCCUGCUUCUCUCAUUCUCUCCCGAACUCCCCAUCCGCCGUCGGAUUUGUUGGCCGGCUGCCGAAGCCGACGGCGAGCUGCCGGGCGGCCGGCGGCAGCAUGCAAGAAACAAACCCCCACUGCCGCCCGUCUUGCUCGGCGACCCCGCGCGUGCCCCGCCACCUGCGCACGGCCGCCGCCCUGGCCGCGGCGGUCCAGGGCCUCAUCAACGCGCCCCCGCCGCGCCGCGAGUCGCAGAGCCUCCACGCGCAGCUCCUCACCUCCGGCCUCCGCCCCACCGCGGGCCUCUCCGUCAAGCUCCUCAUCCUACACCUGCGGUGCGGCUCCCACCGCAACGCCCGCGCGGUGUUCGACGGGAUGCCCCGCCCGACCAACGCCGCCCACAACUACCUCGUCGCCGGCUACUUCCGCCUCGGCCUCCCCGGGGAGGCGCUGGGGAUCGUGCGGCGGCUCGCGGGCUCCACGGGGCGGCUCGACGUGUUCGCGCUCUCCAUGGCGCUCAAGCUGUCGGCGGCGCUGGCGCUGCCCCGCGCCGCGAGGGAGGUCCACGCGCGCGUCGUGAGGUCGCUCGCGGCGCUCGACGAGAUCCUCUUCGCGGCGUUGGUGGACGCCUACGUGAAGAACGCGUCGCUGGGUUACGCCCGGCGGGUGCACGGCAUGGUGCCGACGCCCGGCGUGGUGUGCUCCACGGCGCUCAUCGUCGGCUGCAUGAAUGAAGGGCUGUACGGGGACGCCGAGGCCAUAUUUGACGGGAUGGAGGAGAAGGACGUCGUGGCGUACAAUGCGAUGGUGGAGGGGUACAGCCAGAAGGAGGAGACCGCGGGGGGCUCGCUGGAGGUGUUCAAGGCCAUGCAGCGGGCGGGGUUCCGGCCGACGGUGUCGACAUGCGUGAGCGUGCUUGGCGCGUGCUCCCUCUUGUCGUCGCCGGAGCUCGGGGAGCAGGUGCACUGCCAGGUCAUCAAGAGCAACGUCCUCUCCGACAUCAAGGCGGGGAGCGCGCUGCUCGACAUGUACUCCAAGUGCGGCCGGGUUGAGGAUGGGCGGAGGGUGUUCGACGGGAUGGCGGAGAGGAACGUCGUCACAUGGACCUCGAUGAUCGACGGGUACGGGAAGAACGGCCUUACGGACGAGGCUCUCUUGCUGUUGGAGGAGAUGCGGGGGCAGCAGCGGGGCAUCAGGCCAAAUCAUGCCACAUUCCUGAGCGCCCUGUCGGCGUGCGCGCGCGCCGGACUGCUGUCCCGAGGCCAGGAGCUGUUCCAGAGCAUGGAGCGCGACUGCUCGCUCAAACCACGGAUGGAACACUACGCUUGCAUGGUGGACCUGCUGGGCAGGUUCGGCAGCGUGCGCCAGGCUUACGAUUUUGUCAGGGGGAUACCGGCGAGGCCAAACUCUGACGUGUGGGCGGCCCUCCUCGGGGCGGCCACCCUGCACGGCGACGUGGACAUUGCCAAUGUCGCGUCAAGGGAGGUAUUCGAGUUGAGCCGGGCCGGGAGACCGGGCGCCUACAUGGCCUUCUCCAACACCCUUGCGGCCGCCGGAAAAUGGGACGGUGUGCACCAAGUUAGACAGAUGAUGAAACAGCGUGGUGUGCUCAAAGACGCAGCAUGCAGCUGGGUUGGGUCUGACAACUGUCCACCUGUGGAUUGACGCAAAUGAAUGAUGUUUUCCUCAUGAUAUUUAUGUUGGAAAAACAUACUAAUACUGGUCAUUGGUAUUUAUGUUGGAAAACUGUCUAUGGUUAGUUA